AUGUUUAGCAAGUUGAAGGGUCUCUUCAGAGGCCCGCAGGUGCCAGCCGCUGCGAGGACCCCUGACCCAGCUCCGGCUCCAGCUCCGGCUCCAGCUCCAGCUAAGGAGGACAAGCCAGCCGAUAAGGAGAAUGAAGCCAAGAAUGUGGACAAACCGCAGGAACCAACUCCGGCUCCAGCAUCAGCCCCUGCUGCAGGACCACCAGCAGCUCCUGCUCCAGCACCGGCCCCUACAGCAGCUCCAGCUAACCCUGAUCAAGCUGGACCUGAGGGACAAGAGUCGGCCCCUCCCCCGCCCGCUCCCAUUGUCAUCAACAAGUAUUCAGACCAGCAGCUCAGAUCCAUAGCCAAACGCAUGAGAGAGAGACUGGAUCUCUACAAGGAGAAAGUGACUGAUCCAAAUGCUUCAUCCCCAGAGAUCAGCCCUCCUGUCACACCUUUGCUGCGCAAAGACAACUACACAAAAGUCAUAGAGGAGAGGAAGAAGCAAGCAGAGGAGGAGCGCAUAAAGAAGGAAGAAGCUGACCAGAAGAAGAAAGAGGCGCAGGAGAAGAAAAAGAAGGAGGCCGAGCAGAAGAAGAAAGAGGAGGAGGAGAAAAAGAAAGCAGAGGCCAAGAAGGAGGAAAAGGAUUUGAAGACCAAGUUAAAAGAUGCUGCCUGGUUUUCGGUGGACAUUGUGCUGAAGCCAUUUGAGGACCUGAUGGACCCAGUGCUGGGGAAUACCAUUGACCCUUUCACAGACCGUCGCUACAUCGCCUGGCUGAGCGUUGUGACUCUGGCCUUUAACUACAACACCUGGUUCCUUACGGCCCGUCUGUGUUUCCCGUACCACAAUGAGAGCGCCAUCCCUUACUGGUUCGUUCUGGAUAUGCUGGCCGACCUCAUCUACUUCACGGACUCCAACAUCUUCCAGGCCCGCAAACAGUUUGUCAAAGGAGGAGACAUCAUAAAAGACAGAGCGGUGACAAAGAAGAACUACAGAGAUUCUGAGAGAUUCAUGCUGGACCUGAUCUCCCUCAUGCCAUUCGACUUGCUAUAUGUCCAGUUCGGAUUCAGGUCCAUUUUCAGAUUCAAUCGCCUGCUAAAGGCGGAUACAUUUUUUGAGUUCAGUGAUCGUCUAGAGAGCAUCAUGGCCAAGGCUUACAUCUGGAGAGUGAUUCGGACCAUUGGAUAUCUUCUCUUCAUGCUCCACCUCAACGCCUGCUUCUACUAUGUGGCUUCAGACUACCAGGGCAUCGGGAAAACUAAAUGGGUCUACUCCGGUCUGGGCAGUGCGUACCUGCGUUGUUACUACUAUGCUGUCCGCAGUCUGAUCAACAUCGGGGGUCUUAACGAACCCCAUACCGUCUUUGAGAUUACCUUUCAGAUGAUUAACUUUUUCGUGGGCGUCUUUGUGUUCUCCAGUUUGAUUGGACAGAUGAGAGACGUCAUCGGUGCAGCCACAGCAGGACAGACCUACUUCAGAUCCUCCAUGGACGGCACCGUGGACUACAUGGUGAACAACCACAUCCCCUCUUUGGUGCAGAACCGAGUCCGCAACUGGUACACCUACACCUGGGACGCACAGGGCAUGCUGGAUGAGUCCGAGUUGCUGGAUAAGAUGCCUCUGGUGAUGAGAACCGCCAUCGCUGUGGACAUCAACCUGUCCACCUUUCAGAAGAUAGAUCUUUUCAAGGGCUGUGACCAGCAGAUGUUGGUGGACAUGUUACUGAGGCUCAAGUCUAUUGUCUAUUUACCUGGAGACUUCGUCGUAAAAAAAGGCGACAUCGGCAAAGAGAUGUACGUAAUUAAAAGCGGUGCGGUGCAGGUGGUGGGAGGACCUGACAACAGCAUUGUGUUUGUCACACUGAAGGCUGGAUGUGUGUUUGGAGAAAUCAGUUUGUUACAAUCAUCCAAAGACGGAGGGAACAGGCGGACAGCUAAUGUCAAAGCCUUCGGCUUCGCUAACCUUUUUGUCCUGGAGAAGAAAGACCUGUUUGAUAUCCUGGUGCACUACCCGGAGUCUCAGAAAGUGUUGGCCAGGAAGGGAAAGAAACUCAUGAAGGCGAAGGGUCCAGCGGCAGCUAAAGCAGGAGUGGAAAAGGAGAAAGGACUGGCGCUGUUCGGACCCAAGCCACCCACACCCAAACUGCUGCGUGCUUUCGGUGGAAACAUUAACAAGAACUUUUUUGACAAAAUGAAGGCUGCUGCUAGUGACCAGUGA